GCCACCUCACAAACACAGGCGCAUGGAGUAGGACAGCACAUCGCCAACGCUCCGACAGCACCUUCAUACGUUGACCGGAUACAUACCGAAAUCCCCUGCACCUGUCUAACAGCCUGAUAGCCAUGUUGGAUGUGUUACUUUGAGUGGACUACUCGCUGGGAGACCAUGUUUUUGCGCCAGUCACAUCGGGAGAUCUUCGACCUCGGUUCUAGCCAAGUAAAAUGGAGGAUAGUUUUGAUUGCGACUGUGGCGAGCUAGAGCCACCUGAUCACUGAGGCUCACUGUUAACUCUCCGAUCUAAAGGUCAGGCUCUUUACAAUUUAUUUUGAUUAGGUUACGCCAUAGGAAAAUUAUUCCAAGUUAAAACAAACAAAAAAAAAAAAAAAAAAAAAAUUGAAAUUCAAGCGAAAAAGUGCAUACUGGCACAUUUCCCAUGAAGCUGCUCAGGACCAGUUAUACACUGAAUGUAUACCACUGUGAGGAUGCAACUACAUGCUUUUAGAGCCUAACAGUGCAUUUCAAAUUGGCCUCAACAUUCAUUCCGGUUGUUUCUUUAAGAGUAAGAGCUGCUCUGUUAAAUAGAGCCACCCACCAGGAGUGGAGUUGGAGUUAUAAAAUUGGCCUCACUCAAGAUGAAAAACUUAAACUACACUUUAGUCUAACAGUCACGGCUGCACAGGGGAGGAGGUGGAGGUCAGAGUCAGCUGGGAGGUGCGUUGGUAGGUGUUAGCUUAGCAUCUGAAGCAGUUUUGGCGGGGCAAGGGCGGGGUGGGGUCAUCAGUUAGUGUUUGGCUGGCUAAAAUCUAACAUUAGCGGAGGUUGGCACAAGAGCCUCGGUAGUCAUCAUGGCCGAGAAGUUUGAGUCGCUGAUGAACAUCCACGGCUUCGACCUGGGCUCUCGCUACAUGGACUUGAAGCCGCUUGGCUACGGAGGGAACGGCCUGGUGUUCUCGGCGGUUGACACCGACUGCGACAAGCGUGUGGCCGUGAAGAAGAUUAUCUUGACGGAUCCCCAGAGUGUCAAGCACGCCCUGCGAGAAAUUAAGAUUAUAAGGCGCCUGGACCACGACAACAUAGUCAAGGUUUUCGAAACGUUGGGCCCCAGCGGUCGCAGGCUAACUGAGGACGUGGUGUCCCUGACUGAGGUCAACUCGGUCUACAUAGUGCAGGAGUACAUGGAGACGGACUUGUGUCAGCUGCUGGAGCGCGGCCUUCUGUCCGAGGGCCACGCCCGCCUCUUCAUGUACCAGCUCCUCAGGGGCCUCAAGUAUAUCCACUCUGCCAACGUCCUCCACCGCGACUUGAAGCCCGCCAACCUGUUUGUCAACACAGAGGACCUCGUGCUGAAGAUUGGGGACUUCGGUCUGGCCCGCAUCAUGGAUCCCCACUACUCCCACAAGGGUCACCUGUCUGAAGGUCUUGUCACCAAGUGGUACAGGUCCCCCCGCCUGCUGCUCUCGCCAAACAACUACACUAAAGCCAUCGACAUGUGGGCUGCCGGGUGCAUCUUCGCAGAGAUGCUCACUGGGAAAACACUCUUUGCGGGGGCCCAUGAACUGGAGCAGAUGCAGCUGAUCCUGGAAUCCAUCCCAGUCCUGCGAGAGGAAGACCGCCAGGAGCUCCACAGCGUCAUACCCGUCUUUAUCCGCAAUGACAUGUCCAAACCUCAGACACCGCUGACCAAGCUGCUGCCUGAUGUCAGUCCACAAGCCCUAGAUUUCCUAGAGAAGAUCUUGACCUUUAACCCCAUGGAUCGUUUAACCGCGGAAGAGGCUCUGGCCCAUCCCUACAUGUCGGACUACUCCUUCCCCCUGGACGAGCCCAUUUCCCUGCACCCUUUCCACAUCGAAGAUGAAGUCGACGAUAUCCUGCUCAUGGACCAGAGCCACAGCCACACGUGGGACAGGUAUCAUGAGAGCCAGUUGUCGGAGGCUGACUGGCACUUGCACAGCAUUCAUGACCCAGAAGAAGUCCAAGUCGACCCGAGGGCCCUCUCUGACGUCACGGAUGAGGAAGUGGUUCAGGUGGACCCUCGGAAGUACGCCGACGGAGACCGGGAAAAGCUCCUGGACGAGCCCUCCUUCGACUACUCCACUCCGUUCUCGUCGGAGCGGUCGUGGCCGGACGAGCAUCACGAGAACAAAUACUGCGACCUGCAGUGUAGCCACACGUGCAACUACAAGGCCGUGUCCCCCUCCUACCUGGACAACCUCAUCUGGCGGGACAGUGAAGUCAACCACUACUACGAGCCCAAGCUCAUCAUCGACCUCUCCAACUGGAAGGAGCAGCAGAGCAAGGAGAAGGCGGACCGCAAGGCCAAGAGCAAGUGCGAGAAGAACGGGCUGGUCAAGGCCCAGAUUGCCAUGCGGGAGGCCGAGAAGACCCAAAGUGUGGCGGAGAAGGACCGGGAGCAGGAGAAACACCAGACGCAGCCGCCCAGCCAGCAAGGCUUCGACUUUGACUCCUUCAUCGCCAGUACCAUCAAACUGAGUCUGCAACCCGAGACCUGUCAGGAGGUGGGCCUCCUCAGUGAGGUGGGCCUCCUCAAUGAGCUCAACUCUUCCGUCUCCCAGCUGGACGCCCCUCGCUCAGGGUCCAUGUCCAAGUCCAUAAGUCAGGAGAAGGAGGAGAAGUGCCUGGUGAACCUGGCCCAGCUGGGCGGAGGCGGCAGCUUGGCGGUGGUCGGCGGCGACGGCCCCUGGCCCUCGCACCCCUGGGAGGGCUUCGGCUCCGGGGAGCGGGCGGCCGAGAACGGCCGCUUGAUCGACGAGGCGUGCUGGGACGGUCACUUCCAGAAGGAGAGCACGUACACCAGCUACCUGGACCACCUGUUCGGCCGGACAGAGGAGGGCGUGGCCGAGUCCGCCGCCACCCCGGAGACGGAGACCCCGGAGGCCAGGGAGAGAGAGUCGGGCGAGGGCCUCCUCACCCGGAGCCCCGAGAUCGUGCUCAACGUGCAGCUGGACUCUCUGGGCCCGGACGAGCUGCCGCUGAAAUCCCUCCAGGCGUCCCUCACCCCCUGUGCCGUCAAAUGCUCCCCGCAGAUCGCCCACAAAACCUAUAGCAGCAUCUUCAAACAUCUUAAUUAAAAAAAGCAACGUCCUCUCUUCCA